GCCGCCCCGCCACCUCCUGUCACGGGCAGGCGGGAGGAGCCCUGCCCGGCCAUGGCGACACCGCCGGCGGCCUCCUCCUCCCCCCACCUUCUCUCCCUCUCCCAAGGGAGGGAAGGGAAUGGAAGGGAUCCGGCGGCAAGGGGAGGAAGCGCCCAGAUCCGCAGCCGCACCGGCGGGCCGCCGUCCCUCGAGAUCGUCCAGGGAGGUCUGACCCGGCUGCAGCCAUGCACUGAGACGCCCGAAACCCUAGCUACCCGUGGAGGUCCGACGCCUCAACCUCCAAGGAAAGGACGCGCGCCGGCUGCAGGCCAUCUCCGGCGACCUCCGACCAUGGUUGCUCGGAUCUGGACCAGCUGCUGCUCCUACUGCUUCAGGUGGACGAGGACGAGCCCUCCCUCAUGGCUGCUGCGGCUGCCUACUCCCUCCUCCUACCCCCUGUCCUGGUCUCCUGAUCCAAGUCCCCUGUCAGGAAGUGGUUCAACAUCAAGGGCAAGGCGCAGGAUUUCCAUGCGGAUAACGAUGCUACUACCCAAGGAAGGUUACCCUUUGUUUAAUGCAUUUGAGAUUCCCAUCAUCAUCCCGUGCCUGUAA